AUGAAUAGGCAACUCUUGCGCCCAGAAAAUCCAGCAUUUCAACCUCAAUGGGCCUCGGAAGAUGUCUGCCUAAAAUUCUUCAAGUGUGUUAGAUGGCAGCUAGAAGAAACCAUGGAUCCGAUUGACUGCCCCUAUCAUUACUUCUGCGAUAGCACUUAUCCUGGCAAUUAUCCGCCUGCUGUGGACAUGCUGGUAUUUCUCUUCAUAGUAGCUUCAUACAUCACAACCCUCUUCAUUAUGGUAAUGGACAUAUCAAGAAGAGGGCAAGCUUGCCUUGGUCAGUCAAAGAGGUACUUAUUACCAUCUGGUCCAGUUUCCCUCCCAGUGAUCCUCUUGGCACUAGCAAAAGGCUACCGAAUCGACACCAUAUUUCCCCUGUCGAGCAUCGGCCCUGCAAUCCUCCAACUGGUUCACAUUUCUGCUCUCACUUUCAACCACGGCAGCGCUAAUAAAGACGUCAAAUAUGCUUUCUUUGAGGCAUCAACGAUUUCAGGGAUUUUACAUGCCAGCCUAUACCUGGAUUCUGUUCUCUUGCCUUACUAUACAGGUUUUGAUGCCCUGGUGUCGUCAACCUUUUCAGGUGAGUGUGCAUCCUGCGUGUGUAGGAAAGAGGUUUUGGUUGUGGGAGGGAUGUUGGUGUCCUACAGGGGAUGGUCACUCACCACAUUUUCAGUUGUGGGUGCUCUAUGUUUGAGGAUUAUCUGCAGGUUGUUUGGAGAGAAAACAGGAAAUAUUAUACUGGUUAGGCCAUGGCUGGAAAGUGUAGCUUGGAUCUUUAUAUUGAAGGAUUGUGUUUAUCUAGCUACAAACUCCCCACCACAGAGUUCAUUGUUGAGAGUUGCUGCUUUUGGAGGUAUAUUUGUUUUGAUUUGCCUUCAUGUAAUCAAAUGGGCAUGCACCAUCAUAACAAAAUCGCAUUCAAAGUGGAAGAAAUGAGUACAGUAUCAUUUGCAUCACAAAGAGG